AUGCGAUCGCCAGCAGUCUGUGGAAAUCAUCUUGGACCUGUCAAGCUACCGGCUGAAACGGGGUAUAAUAUAGCGGCAACACCCACCUCCGUUGGCCGUAAAUCGAAUCCCCCUGCCGCUGUACGGCUCACCCAUGUCAGGAUGCCUCCCGAGCGGCGGAUUGUCAUGGAAAAGUCCAAAGAUAUAAAGCGACGACACCAGAGAAGCAAACCGUUCCGGUUUACACCCGCGCAGAUCGCCCGGAUGGACCGCGAGGAUCAGCGCGAGGCUCGGGCGAAGCAGAUUCGGGAGAAAGACGCGAGACGAAUCGCGAAUAAAAAGAAAAAAGCCGACGCAGAAGCCAAGGCGCGUACAGAGCGGAGGGCGCGGGGGAUCCCAGACCCGAAUACCCGUGUGCCGUCCAGUCAGCCACUACUCCUAAAGUUCUUCAACGCUAGCGCCAGACGUGAUCGGUCGCCGGAGCCGGUUGAAUCGAGCAGAUUCGUGGCUGAUAUAGACCUGCCAGACGGAGCGAUUCUCAGUACCGAUCGGGUGGUACUUGGCGGGGCCGCUGACUGGGAUUGUUUUGAUUUGUGGACCGAUAGAAUCGACGGUGGCGGCCCCGAUCUAAAACCGCAGAGGGAUCUUGGUAACAAUUUAAUUGUGAUUGGAUCUUCAUCGGAUCCCAAUCCAGCGCGAGGCAACGAUCCGGGCUGUGGCGCAGGAAAAACAUUACCUGGAUGUGAUGGUACCGAUGUGGAGACUGCGUGUGAGACUGGGUAUGAGACAUACCGAGAUGUUACUAUAGGGGAUAUGGAAGAGGCCGGUGAAUCAUGCUGGCGUUCAAGUCCGCCGGUGUGGGACUUGGAUGUGCUCGCGUCUCAUAUGGCGCCUUCUGCAGGGUUGGGUAUUUCUGCUUCUACCGAAGAAGGCGAGAUCACGAUAGCAGUACAGAGUCCUAGUCAAUUGUCCUGCAGUCGACAAUCGCCUAGGACUCUGCACUGUAUCCCACCAUCAUCGCCUGUCGUGUCGGCCCAGCGUAUAUCUCCGGAUAGCCAGUCGCCGGUCGCUUCCUGCCAGUAUGGAAGCUCGCAUUUUGCUUCCUCCCAGUUCGACCCGACCGAUUUCCUCUUGGCUGAGGCAACCGUACCUGUUCAACCAGCGAUCCGACCGGAUAGUACUUGUAUUGGCGGAUGGGUUGACGACGGAGUUCGGAGGAGGCAGUCUGUGGCUUCGAGUGAAUUGUUUUAUGAUGAUACUGCAGGUUGGAUGGAGGAUAUAUUUGUCAAUACUCACGGUCAUCCUUUCAGUGACGAUCGACCAGAUGUCUAUCUUACGCAACUGCCUUGA